UCCUCCUCCCCAUUUCUGUUUCGUUUGUUGCCUUGGAAUACCGUCUGGCUAUAGCCCGAGCGAAAUCGACUGCUCUAGCCCUCGAGUUACACGCACACAUAACACACUAGUGCAGCAUAUAUAUACACACAGACAGACACACACGGGAGAAGUGAGUCGGUCUUGUCUUCUCCUUCUUGUGCUGCUGUGCUGUUGCGCUGUUGCGCUGCUGUUGACGCCAUGGCUAGUGAAUCGAAAGGUUUGGUGUUCGCCACGGCCGUGAAGAAACACGCUGGACGGGCAAAAGAAAAGAUCCUCCAGAAGGUGGGCAAGGUAGACCGGACGGCCGACGAGAUCUUUGACGACCACGUCCAGAAUUUCAACAAGCAACAGAAUGCGGCCAACAAACUGCAAAAGGAGCUCAACAACUACAUCCGCUGUGUCAAAGCGAUGCAGGCGGCCAGCAAGACGCUUUACGAGUGCAUGUCUGAAGUCUACGAGCCAGACUGGACGGGCCACGAUUUGUUGACGGUCCAGUCGCAGAAUAUCGAAAUGCUCUGGCAAGAUCUGAGCCACAAGAUGACGGAUCAGGUCCUCAUCCCGCUCAACACCUACCAGGGACAGUUUCCCGAAAUGAGGAAAAAGAUUGAAAAGAGAGGGAGGAAGCUUGUGGACUAUGACGGACAGCGACACAGUUUCCAGGCGUUGCAGAGCUCGAAGAAGCGCGAAGAAGUCAAGAUUGGCCGGGCCAAGGAACAACUGGAGGAGGCCAAGCGGACGUUUGCCGUUUUCAACGCGGAAUUGAAUGAGGAAUUGCCGGCCCUCUAUGACUCGAGGUUGCCUUUCUUCAUCACCAAUUUGCAGACGUUGUUUUCGGCCGAGCAAGUCUUCCACUCGGAGCUCUCAAAGGUCCACGGUGAAUUGGAAUCCAUCAUCGACAAACUGGCCAAAGAGUCGAGCGGACGGACAUCGUCGAGCCAUUACAGGCGCAGCUCGCCGCCCACGCAGAUGCUUUCUUCGCCCGCCAGCAACUCGCUCAACAGUCCCGAAAAUGUUGGUCGCGGAUCGAGACUUGGUCGGUCAGAACAAGACGAGGACAGCACGAUCAAUAGUCCGUUUCAUGACCACCACCAUAAUGACAACAACGACAGCAUGAACUACAAGCAAACAGGAGGAUUGAAGGAUUACGAACCGGUCGAAGUCGGUGCCCAAGUCGGCGAAAUAUCCACGUCGCCCACCAACAAUGGGGCAGGAGCCACGACGAACGGAGUGAACAAGAGUCCGCCCAGCAGCGGAGGGCCAGGUGCACCAAGUCGCACCACCAAUCAAAGGCCAGGAGUUGAAGAGCUUUAUGAUAUUCCUAUAGGUGCUACGACGGAUAACCUUCCGCCCGGUGUGCUGUACAGAGUCCGAGCCACUUACAAGUAUCAAGCGGAAGAUGAGGAUGAGUUGUCACUCGAGGUGGGCGAUACUGUUCAGGUGAUUGAAUACGAAGAUCCCGAAGAACAGCAGGAGGAAGGUUGGCUCAUGGGCAUCAAAGAGGCGACGGGACGCCAAGGUCUCUUUCCGGCCAACUUUACUCGUCCCAUCUGAGGUGAAUGAACAGCCACGCACACAAUCAUGGAAGAAGAAAUAGAUCAAACAACAUACGAGACUCAUUUAAGAAACAAGUGAAAUCAACGAAUCUGAACGGAAAAAUGAGAGAUCUGGGGCUUAAAGAAGCAGCUCAAACGAUGAGAAAAGACUAAAAAAAAAAAAAAACGCAAGACAACAUUGAAACCAGCUAUCAACACACACUCUUAUUCAACUCCUCCUCUUUUCUUUAUUGGAACAAAAGGGAAAAGAAUCGAACAAUUUUUUUUUUCCGUCUCUGGUAUGGAAAGUGUUAAUUAGAUCUGAUGCACUCUCAUUUCAUCAUCGCCCUCCUUUACACCUUUAUUUUUUUUUUUUUUUAAGGAGGAGCGAGAUGUUUUUACCUCCAUCCUUUUCCCCCCUUUCCCAGUGGCCGUAGGUGUUACAUGAUAUUCCCCACUUUUCCGCCUUUAUUAAGUCUUUCUUAUUAUUAAUUUUUUUUUUGCAAAAAAAAAAAAAGUGUGCCAUGAAUCUCUUCCCGCCCCCUUUUUUUGUUAUUUUUGCGUGUGCUAAAGGUGUGUGACACUCGGUAACGACAAGGAUCGUCUUCUUCUCCAUCCAAAUUAGCAAAGAAACAAGUGGUGAAACUUUACUUCUUUUUAAUUAUUUUGUCUAUCGGAAGACUCGCAUGAAUUUCUUUUUCCCUCCUUUUUUUUUCCCUUUUGUUUCUCUUCCCGACUUACAAACAAGACAAAAAACAAUUAAUAUGAUUUAUAUUUUCUAGUUUAAUCCUGUUGAGAUAAUAUAGCCAUAAAGACAUUGAGUUUAUUAUUAUUAUUGUCGCAAUAAUUCAUUGACGGCCAUAUUUUGACGCACUUUCCCCCUUUUUUUCUAUCGCGCCUUUCUUAUUUUUUCUCGAGUAUUUCCGAUGGCAAAGACAAACAAAUCCCAACGUCCAUUUUUUGUUGAAUCGAGCAAAUAACAAAAAAAAAACAAACAGGUGCCUUGUGUGUGUGAUGGAGAAAUGCAAACAAAAAUGUGACAGCUGUUUUUUUUUUUUUUCAAAUAAUAUUUUAAUCUUAAGUAUCUAGCUGCAGAAGCAAAAAGACAAGAUAUUAGGUGAUUUGAUAUGUUAUUUUUCAUUUUAAAUUAUGAUCCGCACUGCUGCUGCACACAACCAAUUGCGAUGGGCUUCCCAUAAAAUUCCCUCCCUUUUAAACCAAUAAAAGAUCCUUUCUGUUUCUGCCCUCUAUCCCAAUCUUUUUUUUUUAUUUGAAUCCAAUAAAAAGAUAGUCGAUUAAUCUAAA